AGUUCGACUCGCAACGCUGCCUUGAAUGUAGGUGUUCUUAAGUGAAAUCACGAUGUAAGAUUUAUCUUACAUAGUGGAUGAAAAGACGUGUAUUAUUUACCGCGCUACAGUAAUUAUCGAUGGCAACGAUAUUCUCAUGUGGACGUUCUAGCUAUGCUGCAUUGUUCAACUACUAUUUACACGGUUCCACGCAGUAAUACAAAUUUUCUCCAGAUCGAUUGCUUUGAAAUUAUUUAUUUACAUUAGUUAAUUUGAGAAUGGGUAAGAUGUUAACCUGGAUGAGCAUUGAAGAUUCAUCAUCUUUCGACAAUAGUGUAGAAACAAAGAUAAUGUGGAUUUAGCUGGAAUGGCUACGAAGGGAUUAUUUUAGAUUCCAUCUGGAGGAUGUUGGAAUUAGCCGCUGAGCGCUGGAUAAAGGAUGAACCAUCCUCAGGUCGAAGUAUAGGCCAGAAGUAUUCUACUUUAAUAGACACUUUUACAAUAGAUCUGACAAAAUUAGCAGUUGGUGCUGAAGAUACUUUAGGCAAGAUAAAUGACAACAAUAAACUCAAUUCUGUAGUUACCCUUACGGAAACAUUCUAUGGUUACUAUAGGAAAUUUUCUAUAGUUGAGUUCUAUAGACACUCCGGUAAACGUUGCUUGAGAUUUGUGAGACUCCUAGUGAUAUCUGCAUACGGUUCUGCAUUGAAGAGAACAUACGAUCCCGGAUCCCGCAUUGAAAUAUUGAGAUGUUUUGGAAAACGACAUAAUUGAAAAUCUUGUAAAAUUAUAAACAACAUUCGGACGUAAAGUUUGAACUGCAGAUUUCAUCAUCAUUUGGUACUAUUCAGAAUAUUUCAUCGUCAGUUAGUUUUAAAAAUGAUUUUCAAUGUGGAAAAGACUGCAACUUUGUGUAAAGCAAUUAUGAGAGUAAUUAUUUUCAAAAUAGGAAAAAAAAUCCCAAAAUACUGGCACCUUUCGAUUACUUACAAUCUGCACGUAUCAUUGUAUUUAAAAUAAAUACAGC